AUGCUUUAUCAAUCCGUCAUUGGCCCCGCCCACCACUUUUGGUGCACGAGGACCGAUCCCAAUGGGCUCUCGGUCCUCCAGCAGCUGGGUCUGGACCAGAACUCCGACUUCUCCGACUCCAGCGUGCAGCAGCGGCUGGACGAGCACCGCGAGAAGAUCCGGAGGGAGAUCCGGAAGGAGCUGAAGAUCAAGGAGGGGGCGGAGAACCUGCGCAGGGCCACCACGGACAAGAGGAACGCCCAGCAGGUGGACUCGCAGCUGCGCAGCUCCAAGCGAAAGCUGGAGUCCCUCCAAACCCAGCUCCAGGAACUGGACGCUCACAUUGUGGUCAAGGGCCCCGAUGACAACAAAGAUGCUGCCAUGUCCCCGAGCGCGGUCAACCGGACGCUGGCCACCCAGCACCGGGUGGCCGCUCUGGAGCGGCAGCUCAACAUUGAGCUAAAGGUCAAGCAAGGGGCCGAGAACAUGAUCCCCAUAUACGCCAACGGGGGCACCAAGAUCCGAAAGGCGGCGCAGGCCACGGAGCAGUCCGAGGACAACCAAAGUAAGCCGGACAUGUGCGGAGUGGAGCUGCGCGUGGAGGAGCUUUGGCAUCACUACCGCGUGGAGCACGCCAUGGCAGAGGGAGCUAAGAACAUGCUGCGCCUGCUGGGUGCAGGAAAGGUCCAAGAUAAGAAGGCCAUCGCCGAGGCUCAGUGUGGCCUGAGCGAGUCGUCCCAGCGUCUGGACCUGCUCCGCUGCGCUCUGGAGCAGCGGCUGCAGGAGCUGCCGGAGGACCACCCCAAAGCCUGCCUCAUCAAGGAGGAGCUGGUGCUGGCCUCGUCCUCGGCCUUCAGCUCCCGCCACAGCACGCCGUACGUCCACAACCAGUACAGCACGCUCAGCAAACCCUCGCCGCUGACAGGAACUCUUCAGGUCCACCUCCUGGGCUGCGUGGGGCUGCUGGAGGUUGUUCCGGGGCGGAACAGGGGCACCCCGGUGGUUCUGCCCUCGUACUCCCCCGCAGACGGACGGCCCUCCUUCAAACUGAGCGGCCUCUACAGCCGCAGCACCAGCAGCAUGAGCCUCAAGAUCCCCGGCAAGAACGAGGAGCCCUCCUCGGAGGUGAGUGCGGUGCUGAAGCUGGAGAACACCGUGGUGGGACAGACUGCUUGGAGAACAGUGGGAGAGCAAGCCUGGAAUCAGACUUUUACUGUGGAGCUGGAGAGGGUGACCUUCUUCAACCCCGUCAUAGAGAGAGGCCGACGGCUCCAGAGGCAGAAGAAAGUAUUUUCCAAACAGCACGGGAAAGCUUUCCUGCGCGCCCGUCAGAUGAACGUGGACAUCGCCACUUGGAAGCUGAACCUGAGUGGCGACUCUUCUGCAAAAACUGAAGUCGGUGGCGAUGUGGUGGAUGCACCCAUCCAGUUGAAACAGACACCCGUCAUCGAGCCCCCGCCGGCGCCGGAUGCUCCCGCCGAUGAGCAGCCGACCAGAUCGCUGUCCCAGAACUCUUUACGCAGACCCAGCAGAGGCCCUCUGUCCCUGCAGGACUUCAAGCUGAUAGCAGUUCUCGGCAGGGGCCACUUUGGGAAGGUGUUGCUGUCAGAGUACAAAAAAACGGGCAGCCUGUACGCAAUCAAAGCCCUGAAGAAAGGGGACAUCGUUGCUAGGGACGAGGUCGACAGUCUGAUGUGCGAGAAGAGGAUCUUCGAGACCGUCAACGGCUCCCACCACCCCUUCCUGGUCAACCUGUUCGCCUGCUUCCAGACGCCGGAGCACGUGUGCUUUGUCAUGGAGUACACGGCGGGAGGGGACCUCAUGAUGCACAUACACGCCGACGUCUUCUCCGAACCCCGCGCCGCGUUUUACUCAGCCUGUGUAGUCUUGGGUCUGCAGUUCCUUCAUGACCAUAAGAUUGUAUAUCGGGAUCUGAAACUGGACAACCUGCUUCUGGACACGGAGGGUUUUGUGAAGAUCGCAGACUUUGGACUCUGUAAAGAAGGCAUGGGCUAUGGAGACAGAACCAGUACAUUCUGUGGUACCCCCGAGUUUCUGGCCCCAGAGGUCCUGACAGACACGUCCUACACCAGAGCAGUGGACUGGUGGGGGCUCGGGGUCCUCGUCUAUGAGAUGUUGGUGGGGGAGUCUCCGUUCCCGGGUGACGAUGAGGAGGAGGUUUUUGACAGCAUAGUGAAUGACGAGGUGCGCUACCCGCGCUUUCUCUCCACCGAGGCCAUCGCCAUCAUGAGACGGCUGUUGAGAAGAAACCCAGAGAGACGUUUAGGCUCUGGAGAGAAGGAUGCAGAAGAUGUCAAGAAACAACCAUUUUUCAGAGGGAUGGACUGGGAGGCGCUUCUUCAGAGGAAAGUCCCGCCCCCCUUCGUCCCGACCAUCGCCGGAAAAGACGACGUCAGCAACUUCGACACGGAGUUCACCGCCGAGCCCCCGGCGCUCACGCCCCCCCGCGAGCGCCGCACCCUCUGCCGCAGCGAGCAGGACUACUUCAAGGAUUUCGACUAUACCUCCGACCUGUGCUAA